AUGGCUGUGUGUUGGGGAGCGGAGAGCUGAGAGAGAAAAAAAAGGGGGGGGAGAGUCUCAAAUUUAGACAGACACGCCACAAAAAAGUCAGAGGAUUGCGACGCUGGCGUUCACUCUCGAAGUGUGAAGAUUUGUAUUUUUCGGGCGUAACGAGCGCUGCCAGGCCCCGUCUCUGCCAGCGACGGCAGCCUUAAACAUCUCCAGCCCAACGAUUCAUUCCCGGGCUGUACAUUGCACAAAUUAGCCCAAUUACGGAAGCUGGUGAAGAAGCUGGACUCUGUAUUAAAGGCGCAUAUAAGAAAUGUCAUUGCUGUGUGUUGGAGUGAAGAAAGCCAAGCUUGAUGGACCCCAAGAGAAAUUUAACACAUACGUGACCCUGAAGGUGCAGAAUGUUAAGAGCACAACCAUCGCUGUGCGCGGCAGUCAGCCAUGCUGGGAGCAGGACUUCAUGUUUGAAAUAAACCGCCUGGAUCUGGGCCUGACAGUGGAGGUGUGGAAUAAAGGGCUGAUCUGGGACACCAUGGUGGGCACCUUAUGGAUACCCCUGCGCAACAUACGGCAGUCUAAUGAGGACGGUCCAGGCCAGUGGCUGACUCUUGACGCCAAUGCCAUCAUGGGCGAGAACGAGAUCUGUGGAACCAAAGACCCGACCUUUCACAGGCUGCUGCUCGACACCCGCUUUGAACUGCCACUAGACAUUCCUGAGGAAGAGGCCAGAUACUGGGCCAAGAAACUUGAACAACUCAAUGCCAUGAGAGAUCAAGAUUAUGCCUAUCAAGAAGAACAGGAGCGACCACUCCACGCACCAACCACACAGUGCUGUAAUUGGAGUCUGUGGGGAGAUCAGCAAAAUGAGGAUCCAGACAGUGCUGUGGACGACAGGGACAGCGACUAUCGCAGCGAGACCAGUAACAGCAUCCCGCCUCCCUACUAUACCACCUCCCAGCCCAAUGCUUCCAUGCACCAAUAUCCCAUGAGGCACCAGCAAUACAGACACUCAUACAGCGACGACAUCCAUGAGCUGGACUACGACCACAGAGCCAUGAGACGCUAUGAUAGUUUAGACUCGGCCACCAACGGGCGCAGCGAUAUCGACUCAGGCUCAGGAUCGAGCCGGCGCACCAGCCGUCAGUAUUCUCUAGACAGUAGGCAUUCACUGUCCGAUAGUCCCACAGACAGUCGUUACGCCUCGUCAGGCGAGUUGAGUCGAGGCAGCUCUCAGCUCAGCGAGGAGUUUGUCGCUGAGGACGGCGAGAGCCUGCGAGGUUCGGAAUUCUAUGAUGAAAACGACUCCUACCACUCCUGCCACUCCUCCGUCAGCUACGGUAAAGAGGACUCCCCAGGCUGGGAUGGCGAGGACCCCCAAGGCGUCUACAGCGACGAGGGGGGCUACCUCAAAGAUGGAGGGGAAGAGGGGGCGCUGUACGCCGAAGAGGAGGGCGACAUGUACGGGGAGGAUGGAGAGUACAACUAUGAGGAUGAGGAGGAGAUGCCUUUCGAGGAAGAUGAAGAUAUGUAUCCGCUUGAUGGCACACUCAGUGAAGACCAGGAGCCGCCCUACACCCCCACGCCCACAAGCACUGCCCCCACCCUGAUGCCGCCAUCUGAUGGUCUGUCCUCCACCAGGCCACCUCUGGAGAAACAGCCGUCGCUGCAUCAGCAGCGGCCGGCCAAUGAUCAGCUCCAGCCCCCGAGCACAGCUCCUGGUCUGCCACCAGUCACACAGGACGACACAUUGUCCCCAUUCAGUGCAGAAUCCACAAAGCCUCCAUUUGCUCCCACCCAGCCAGCUCUGUCAACCAUCACGACCACGACCACCACCACCACCACCCCCACAACCACAUCGCAGGUUCCAGCUCCAGAUACAAAGCCCCUGGAGCCUGAACCUGAACCGAUGGCGCCGCUGGAAGAACCUCAACCCCCUGAGCAGCCUCCGGCGGCAGAGAGCGUCCCUCCAGCUCCUGCAGAGAAAACAGAGGAGCCACCUGUUCCAAGUUUCCCAAAGAGGGAAAUCAUGGAACCUGGUCCUGCCAGAGCCAAAGCCAACUGGCUUCGACUUUUCAGCCGAGUACGACUACAGCUGCAAGAGGUACAGCCUGCGUCCCGAGGAGAAAGUGUUGGCAUCGCCUCUCUGCUUUUAUCAGCAGGGAUGGGCGGUGCUCUGUAUAGCAUUGACAGCAUGCCAGACCUCAGGAAGAGGAAAGCUAUGCCUCUCGUCCGAGAUCUGGCUAUGUCCUUGGUUCAGAACUCCAGGAAGGCAGGCAUCACCUCGGCCCUGACGUCCAGCACGCUGCAUAACGAAGAACUGAAGAGUCACGUCUACAAGAAGACCCUCCAGGCCCUAAUUUAUCCCAUCUCCUGCACCACCCCACACAAUUUUGAGGUGUGGACAGCCACCACGCCCACCUACUGCUACGAGUGUGAGGGACUGCUGUGGGGUAUCGCUCGCCAGGGAAUGCGCUGUACCGAAUGUGGAGUCAAAUGCCACGAGAAGUGCCAAGAUCUACUCAAUGCUGACUGUCUGCAAAGAGCAGCAGAAAAAAGCUCCAAACACGGUGCAGAGGACCGAACCCAGAACAUCAUCAUGGUUCUUAAAGACCGCAUGAAGAUCCGCGAGAGGAACAAACCAGAGAUCUUCGAACUCAUUCAGGAGGUGUUCGCCAUCAUCAAGGCCACCCACGUCACCCACAUGAAGCAGAUCAAACAGAGCGUGCUCGACGGCACCUCUAAGUGGUCGGCCAAGAUCAGCAUCACAGUGUUGUGUGCCCAAGGUCUACAAGCCAAGGACAAAACUGGCUCCAGUGAUCCUUAUGUCACUGUCCAGGUGGGAAAGACCAAAAAGAGGACCAAGACCAUCUACGGCAACCUCAACCCUGUCUGGGAGGAGACUUUUAAUUUUGAAUGUCACAACUCCUCAGACCGCAUCAAGGUGCGAGUGUGGGAUGAGGAUGACGACAUUAAGUCUCGUGUGAAGCAGAAGUUCAAGCGGGAGUCAGACGACUUCCUUGGUCAAACUAUCAUCGAGGUCCGCACUCUGAGCGGAGAGAUGGAUGUCUGGUACAAUCUGGACAAGCGAACAGACAAGUCAGCUGUGUCUGGAGCUAUCCGGAUGCAUAUUAAUGUGGAGAUCAAAGGAGAGGAGACAGUUGCCCCCUAUCACGUUCAGUACACCUGUUUGCAUGAAAACCUGUUUCACUAUGUGACAGAUAUCCAAAACAACGGUGUAGUGAAGAUCCCUGAUGCAAAAGGGGAUGAUGCAUGGAAGGUCUACUUUGAGGAGACUCCCCAGGAGAUUGUAGAUGAGUUUGCCAUGCGCUAUGGAGUGGAGUCCAUCUAUCAGGCCAUGACCCACUUUGCCUGCCUGUCAUCUAAGUACAUGUGCCCAGGUGUACCUGCAGUGAUGAGUACCCUACUGGCUAACAUCAAUGCCUACUACGCUCACACCACGCAGGCGACAAACAACGUCUCUGCCUCCGACCGCUUUGCUGCUUCUAACUUUGGGAAAGAGCGAUUUGUCAAACUUCUAGACCAGCUUCACAACUCUCUGAGGAUUGACCUGUCCAUGUAUCGUAACAACUUCCCUGCCAGCAGUCCCGAAAGGCUGCAGGACCUCAAGUCCACAGUGGACCUCCUCACCAGUAUCACCUUCUUCAGAAUGAAGGUCCAAGAGCUUCAGUCUCCACCCAGAGCCAGUCAGGUAGUGAAGGAUUGUGUGAAAGCCUGUCUCAACUCCACCUACGAGUACAUCUUUAAUAACUGUCACGAGCUGUACAGCCGCGAGUAUCAGACAGACCCGGCCAAACAGGGUGCUGUGCCUCCCGAGGAGCAGGGACCCAGCAUCAAGAAUCUGGACUUUUGGUCCAAACUCAUCACACUUAUCGUCUCCAUUAUCGAGGAGGACAAGAACUCCUACACUCCCUGCCUAAACCAAUUUCCCCAGGAGCUCAACGUGGGUAAAAUCAGCGCUGAAGUGAUGUGGAACCUGUUUGCUCAGGAUAUGAAGUAUGCAAUGGAGGAACAUGAAAAAAAUCGCUUGUGCAAGAGUGCAGAUUACAUGAACCUGCACUUCAAAGUUAAGUGGCUGUACAACGAGUACUGCAAAGACCUGCCCUUCUUCAAGAGCAGAGUGCCUGAAUAUCCUGCGUGGUUUGAGCCAUUUGUCAUUCAGUGGCUGGAUGAAAACGAGGAAGUUUCACGGGACUUUCUGCAUGGUGCUUUGGAGAGAGACAAAAAAGACGGGUUCCAGGUCACAUCAGAACAUGCUCUGUUUUCCUGUUCGGUGGUGGACGUGUUUUCCCAGCUCAACCAGAGCUUCGAGAUCAUCAGGAAGCUAGAGUGUCCAGAUCCGCAGAUCGUAGGACACUACAUGAAGCGAUUUGCAAAGACCAUCAGCAACGUGCUCCUUUCUUACGCUGAUAUCAUCUCCAGGUUGUUUGCCAACUAUGUCACCAUGGAGAAAGUGCCCUGCAUCCUGAUCAACAACAUCCAACAGCUGAGAGUUCAGCUGGAGAAGAUGUUUGAAGCCAUGGGUGGAAAAGAUCUAUGUGUGGAGGCCAGCGAUAUCCUGAAAGACCUGCAGGUUAAGCUCAACAAUGUCAUGGAUGAUCUCAGCAGGGUUUUUGCUGUCAGUUUCCAGCCUCACAUCGAGGAGAAUGUGAAGCAGAUGGGAGACAUCUUGGCUCAGGUGAAGGGGACCUCGAAUGUGGGAAAUGCCAGCAGCGUGGCCCAGGAUGCUGACAACGUCUUGCAGCCCAUCAUGGAGUUCCUGGACAGCAACCUGACUUUGUUUGCUAAGAUCUGUGAGAAGACGGUGCUGAAACGUGUGUUGAAGGAGCUGUGGAAGCUGGUGAUGAACACUAUGGAGAAGACCAUCGUUCUGCCGCCACUCACAGACCAAACGAUGAUUGGGAGGCUGAAGAGUGCUUCUCACAGUGAUGGCACUCAGCUCAUCUUUAAUGCUGCCAAGGAGCUGGGACAGCUGUCCAAGCUGAAGGAGCACAUGGUUCGUGAGGAGGCUAAAGCGCUUACCCCGAAGCAGUGUGCUGUGAUAGAGCUCGCCUUGGACACCAUCAAGCAAUACUUCCAUGCUGGUGGUGUGGGUCUGAAGAAGACUUUCCUGGAGAAGAGUCCUGACCUGCAGUCUCUGCACUACGCUCUGUCCCUCUACACACAGGCUACAGACAAACUCAUUAAGACUUUUGUCCAGUCACAGAACGCGCAAGUGUUCGGCGGGAAGGGGGUGAGGUUCACCACUAGUGAGGAUGUUUACCCAGAGAAGGGCUCUGGAGUGGACGAUGCCGUGGGAGAGGUGUCCAUCCAUGUGGAGAUCUUUACUCACCCCAACACUGGAGAGCACAAGGUCACAGUGAAAGUGGUGGCUGCCAAUGACCUGAGGUGGCAGACGCAGGGAAUAUUCCGGCCAUUUGUGGAGGUGUAUAUCAUCGGCCCUCACCUCAGCGACAAGAAGAGGAAGUACGCCACAAAAUCCAAGAACAACAGUUGGGCCCCCAAAUACAAUGAAACCUUCACUUUCACCCUGAGUAGCGAGGUGGGCCCUGAGUGCUACGAGCUACAGGUUUGUGUGAAGGACUACUGCUUUGCGCGAGAGGACCGCACCGUGGGGAUGGCAGUCCUGCAGCUGAAGGACGUGGCCUCCAAGGGCAGUGUCGCCUGCUGGCUGCCACUGGGUAAACGCAUCCACAUGGACGAGACGGGCCUCACCGUCCUGCGCAUCCUCUCCCAACGCAACAACGAUGACGUGGCCAAGGAGUUUGUCAAGCUCAAGUCGGACCAGCGCUCUGCAGAGGAGGGCCGCAGCUAAGAGACAUAAUAGAAAUCAAAAUGACCCGUCUGAAGGUCAUCAGACGUCGCCACCUACUGCCCCGGAGCUCUCCUGAGCCACCGCUAGCCACUGCCCUGAUGAUCCAAUGUUGCAAAAGCACAGAUAAGACACCACACAUCCAGUGCUGUUUAUACAUUCAUUUCAGUGGAAAGUGCUAAACAAAUCAUUACUAAUUAAAAAAUCACCAGUGUCUUUAUCGUUGCAGAUUUUAACAGCCAUCCUCUUGACGAAUGAAACAUAGAGUUUAAUCACAGAGCAUACACCUACUUAUCUCUGUCCAUAGAGGUAAGUCAUGCCAUACACACCCACACCUCGUUUGACUGGUUAAGGUGAGAAAUAUCAUUAACACUUUCUACGAAGACCACAUCUAUACUGUAUUAUGAGGCCACUCAUAGUGCAUUAUAAUGAAAUAAUAAUGCUUCAUCACUACACUUAUAAACAUACAUAAUGCUUUCUGAUGCACUAUAUCAACAGUCACAAGUCACAUUAUAGAUGCAACUUAAAAUGAAUUAUAAGAAUUAAGUGUCUUAUAGAUGCUCUUGACUAGUUAUUAAAGACAGUUUGACUAUUGGUGCUCAUAAUGCAUUAUGAUUACCUACACACAUCAACGAUCAACUAUA